AAGCCUGUGGCAUUACUGAGCCUUUGCUGACGGAGAUCAGAGCUCGGUUAAUGAAACAUUAGCCAAGCGACUGCCACUCUUCCAAGUUCUCCACAAUCUCACUGUCCUCUGGUCAACCGAAACACUGUCCUAUACAGACGGGAGUUAAAUUCUGCUGGGAUUCAGUCGAACAAUUUGCUAAGGAAAAGAGCAUUUUGGAUUUUAAGAAUCACGAGAAGAAAAGUUCCAGAUCGGGAAAAAGAUCAUUUUCAAGCUGCCUCCACUCCAGGUGAAAGAGGACUCUGGAUGUUCAAGUGGAGACAGAGAUCCAGAGCAUCCUUCUUCGUUCUCCCGGGACGUUCUAGCCCGACACCUAACCAGCCAUUUUUCGGACUCUGCGGGGCCUUGGCCAGGUAGUCUGAGGCGCGGGUGCAGCGCCAUGGUAACCCACAGCAAGUUUGACUCCGCGAUGAGCAGCUGCCCCUUCGAAGCCAGCAUGCGGCUGCCGUCCUACCGCUACAAGACCUUCAGCUCCAAGGUGCAGCACCAGCUAAUUCUGGGCGCCGUACGCAAGCUCCAGGAGAGCGGCUUCUACUGGGGAACCAUCAGCGGCAAGGAGGCCAACGGCCUGCUGAGCGCCGAACCUUCUGGCACCUUCCUCAUCCGCGACAGUUCCGACAACCGCCACUUCUUCACCCUCAGCGUCAAGACGGCGUCAGGCACCAAGAACCUCCGCAUCCAGUGCGACAGCUGCUCCUUCUUCCUGCAGACGGACCCCAAGAGUGCGCAGUCGGUGCCCCGCUUCGACUGCGUGCUCAAGCUGGUGCACCACUACAUGCCCCCUAAGGGAGCGCCGUCCAGUGGGAACGGGUCCCGCGCCACCUACUUCAUCCACUCGGCUGGGGACAAGAUCCCCCUGGAGCUCUUGCGCCCCCUGUCUUCUGGGAUGUCCUCCUUGCAGCACCUCUGCAGGAAGACGGUCAACGGUCACCUGGACAUUUCCACCAAGAGAGACCAGCUGCCCCACCCGCUGAAAGAGUUCCUCCAGGAGUACGACUCGCCCAUCUAAGGACCCUCUGCCCCCCCUGCUUGUCGCUCUGAGCAGUCGAGGCGAGAAGACGGCGGGUCGACGGCGUCUGAUGACGCCUGUCCUGACGCGCGCUCGCCAACGUGGCGCUUUCUUUCGGACGACGGUCCCAUCGCUGGGAGCGGAUGAGCUGCCCCCCCCCCCGGGGGACGGAAGCUCGUGUUCGCCGUGAGAACGGGGACCUGAAAGAGGAACGCCGUUGACCGGGCCUGUCGGCCUUGGAACGUGGGUCGGGCGCAUCCCGGCUCCGGAGGAGGGCAGAGACACCUGCCGAAGUAAUCCGCCUCUCCACAGUCUUGCCGGAGGUCGAACGCAGCAUUGCGGACUUCUGGGUCGCUCGGGCGGGCUUCUCUGGUUUCCUUUUCCCGCUCGGUGUUGACCGACUCCCCUGACUCUUCCUGUAAGCCAGCUGCUCCGUAUUUGGAGCCCGGCCCAACGGGCAGACCGUCUGUCACGCCUCCAGCAUUUCCACUGCUGCUAGCCAAGUGCAAUGGCCCCCUCACCAUUCAUGCACGCCUGGCACCCAAGGUUCUCAGUAGGUGCCUGAAACAUUGCCUCGCUUAAACUGAGAAAGAAUAAAGACUGGAAACAUUAGACAGACGGGUGGCAGAUGCAUCUUGCCGAGGACGCUGCCAGUAAAUUGCCCCCUCUUUCCGGGAAGCCGAAUGGAAAUUUACAGCGCUUUCCAAAGUAAACAUUUGGGUCUUUUGUUGGAAACGAGUAACUAAAUGAUGCGGGAUCAUCUGUACACAGAGGCAUUAGGAGCAGAGACGAGAAAAUUGAACUGUGGAUGGAAAGGGGCCGUGUGGUCUCGGGCAGGGUUCAAAUCUGACACCAUGACACCCCUGCCAAAUGGAAGUGGCCUCCGCCAGAUUAGUUAGAACCCAUCCAGUUUUAGCUUGUUAGUCGAGUGGUGCUUCCUGUGAGUGUUUCAUUGGUUGCUGGGACUUGGGGCCCUUACUGGGUUCACAAAGAGAAGGCGAAAAUGGCAGCCCAGGUCAGCUCACAACCUCCAUCCAGGGCAGAGAACAAGCCGGAACAAGGUCCGCUUUCCUUCCCUGAGCAGAACUGCAGACUCUUCUUGCUAAUGAAUGUAAUGACAAAAGGAAAUCCCUCUUCCUCGCUAUCAGUGGAAGGGACCAUGGUUUCACCUGUUUUUUUGAUUAUUAUUAUUUUUUAAAAGACCAUGUUUACAUGUGUGAAGACCUGAGACCAGAAUACAUGUCUCCGUUGUGUCUUUUAUAAAGAUGUUUCCAUCUUAAUAUUUGGCCAGGUAACUGGCUGUGUAGGCUUGAAUAUCUGAAGAAAACAACAACCAACAAACAAGAAAAACUCUUUGCACAUAUUUAUAUUUAUAAGACAUUUCAAUAAUUUAUAUUAAAAAGCACUAUUUUUACAAAAUGAAA